AGACCCCAAACUGUGCCGUCUGCCCCGCUCCUGGUCAUUAACUCUGCUUCUCUGCUUUGUUUUCUCCAUUCCAAGGUGGGCCUUAAUGUUCUGAUCCAGAGAGCAAACAAGUUUACCCCGGCCACUCGGCUCCUGAUCCAGAGGUUCGUGCCAUUCCCUGCUGUCGCCAGUGCCAACAUCUGCAACGUGGUCCUGAUGAGGCACACGGAGCUGGAGGAGGGGAUCGACGUGCUGGACGACAAUGGGAACAUCGUGGGCUCCUCCAGAGUUGCUGCCAAACACGCUCUGCUGGAAACGGCCCUGACCAGAGUGGUCCUGCCCAUGCCUAUACUGGUUCUACCUCCCAUCAUCAUGUCCGUGCUGGAGAAAACUUCGCUCCUGAGGUCCCGUCCCCGGAUGAUUCUCCCGGUCCAAAGCCUCGUGUGCCUCGCUGCCUUUGGCCUGGCCCUGCCCCUGGCCAUCAGCCUCUUCCCGCAGAUGUCAGAGGUCAGUGCGUGCCGGGGGCUCUUGGGGGUACCAACCACGGCCUCUCUGCCCUCCUGUCCUGUUCCUGUGUCCUGAUGGAGCCAGUGCUCC